AUGAAGAUAACAAAAGUUCUACUAGUCACAUUCACGUCGCUGCUGGUACCUAGCAACGCCGGAGGUGUAAAUGUUACCACCGUCAAUGGACGACCGCAUUGCGAAGUGACCGCGAAUGGCGACGAGAUCAACGACGUGCCAAAUAUCUUGGAAGCCUUUGAUGAAUGCGGUACCUCGGGAACCAUUACUUUUCCAGAAGAUCAAGAAUAUUGGAUCGCCGAGAAAUUGAACCCUUUUUCCGAUAACAUCACAUACUGGAGGAACAAUUCAUAUCCCAUCCAUUUCCAGAACCACUGGGCUGGCUUUGUACUGACAGGCGACCACAUCACAAUCUAUGGCAAUGGCACUGGUGGCGUCGACGGCAAUGGCGAUGUAUGGUACACGGAAGAGGCCGGUUCGACUCAGCCAGGACGUCCUAUGCCUUUCGUACUGUGGAAUGUGUCAAAUGUAGUCGUCGAAGACUUUUCCAUCUGGCAGCCCCAACUGUGGUCGUUCAACAUCAUGAAUGGAACAAACAUUUCUGUCACAAACUUGUAUGUUAACGCGACUGCAAAAAAAGCGCCUUCAGGGUAUAAUUGGGUUCAGAACACUGACGGCUUUGAUACCAUGGAUGUGAGAAAUCUGACACUCAGAAAUCUCACAUAUACCGGAGGUGACGAUUGCAUCGCCGUCAAGCCGCGUUCCUACGACAUUUUGAUUGACGGAGUUACUUGCACUCGUGGCAACGGCAUUGCAAUUGGAAGUCUGGGGCAAUACCUUGAAGACUCGAGCGUACCAAACACCAAAAUCGGCGUCUACAUCAAGACUUGGGUAGGCGAGCUGGUGGUACAGGACAACUACGAGAGCGACAACCAGCCACGAGGUGGCGGCUGGGGCAACGUGACCAACAUCACCUUGGCCAACUUUGACGUGACGGGCGCGACCCGGCCCUUUUACAUUGACCAGAACAAUGGCAACAAUGGCUCCGACACCAAGGGCACGAGCAACAUGCUCAUCUCGGACGUUUAUCUGCGGGAUUUCCACGGUGUGCUCUCGGGAUCCGGCAAUACAGCGACACUGAGCUGCAGUAAACGGAACCCGUGUUAUAAUAUCUUCUUUGAUAAUAUGACCGAGACAGGGUCUGGUGGUCAGGCGCUGGUGGGUUCCUGUUCCAACACGGAAGACGAUGGAAUUCAUGGACUUUCCGGAUGUUAA